UUUUAAACGAAAAAGCUCUACUUUUGAAUAAUUAUUCAUCUUCAUUCCACCAAGAGAAAAGAAAAAUAUUACAUAAAAGUGAAAACCAAAUAAAAGACUAAAGAAGUUCUUUUUCUGAGGAUUUUCAGUGAAACAAAAAAAAAGUUAAUUCAGUGAAAUAAUACAAAAUCCAACCAAGAAAGGAUUAUUUAAUAACAAAAAGUGAGGAGAGAGAGGAGAAUUGUGGCCAGGCCAAGGUAGCCGAUGACCGCGAGCUUUUAAAAUUUUUAGCCACAAUUGUGAAUUGUUUGGGAAGCCCCUCUCUGUCUCAUUCCCCACUAUUUAGCCAUGUAAAGGGUCUCCUGGACAUAGAGAGAUGCUGACAAUGGGCUUUGUGAUUUCGUUGCUACUCUGUGGCACAUUUGUGGCAUUAGCUAGCGCCCAGAGGGACACCUCCUAUUGCCCACCGCAGGAAAUUAUUCUACCCUGUCGAUGUUCCCAGCGUGGGGAUGAAGUGCAAAUAUGGUGCUCUCAUAGUGAUCUCCCGCGUGUUCUGACUGGCAUAAAAUCCGUGGCUAAAACAAUGAAUCACCGACAAAUUGAUGAGCUAAUCCUGGAGAAUAAUCUCCUGCCAUCCUUCCCAGGACGCGCAUUCUCUCCACUGAGGGUGCUGCGCCUCAUGUUGCGCCACAAUGGUCUUGAACGUCUCUCCAGUGGAUGGCUGAAUGAUCUCGAAGAUAGCCUCGUGGAGGUUUUUAUUGUUGAAAGGAAUCUCCGGAGUAUCCCUGUUGAUAGCCUCACUGGGCUAAGGAAACUCGAAGCUGUCACCAUUCAGAGUGAGAGCCUAAAGAGAGCUCCGGAUUUCUCUAAUCUCCCCCGUCUUCGGUACGUCAACAUCCAGAGCUCAUCCCUCAUUGAACUCUCCCCGAUGGGCUUUAGGCAGCUCAUAAAUCUCGACACUGUCACAAUCACAGGGAGUGGGAAGCUGAAUCGCCUCGAAGCUGGGCUUUUUCACGAUCUUCCACGCCUCAAAUCCAUCGAUGUAUCCAAUAAUGGCAUCAACUGGAUUCAUCUGCGUGCCCUGGCGCGUCUGCCGCAGCUGAAAGUCCUCAAAUUGAGUGGGAAUCGCAUCACAGAUGCGGGAAUGGUGGGAAGAGCCAUAAAAGAUCUGGGAAAUUUGGAAGUUCUCAAACUCGACUCAAAUCGCAUAACAACCCUCGGUGAGGGAAGUUUCGUGGACUUACCCUCCCUGAGGGAGCUUCAUCUCAACAGCAAUGCCAUCACCGAGAUUCACCACGGGGCCUUCCAUCGAACACCAAAUCUCAAAGUUGUCCACCUCGAAAGUAACUACCUGCGUCGCGUUCAUCCGGAAUCCUUCCUUCAGGCAUCCGGAAGUGGUGUGGAAUUCCUCCAUUUGCAGGAGAAUGAAAUUGGGCGCAUUGAGGAGCUACGUUCAAUGCUUGACGCCCUGCCACGGCUUAAAUUUCUCGAUCUCAGUCACAAUCGCCUGGAGAUCAUUCCCUUUGGUGCUCUCCGGGGGCACGGGACGCUGGAACAACUCUACCUGGACAACAAUAUGAUCCGUAUGAUUGAUCGGGAUGCCUUUAUGGCAAUGCCAGGCCUCCGGGAAUUGCGCCUGAAGAAUAAUUCCCUCUCAGACAUCCUCCCGAUGCCAUUUUGGAAUUUACCCGGACUCAAGGGGUUGGAUUUGUCUGAAAAUCACUUCCAGCGCAUCGAACCACAACUCCUCAUGGGCCUCCCCUCCUUGCGACGUCUCGAUGUCUCCAAGAAUACCCUAAUUGACAUUAAUCCUUCAUCCUUUGUGCGCACAGCAAUGCUGGAGACAAUUGAUUUGUCCGGCAAUGGAUUGUCUGCCCUUCAUCCGGGACUCUUCCGGAAUCUGGAUCGUCUCUUUGAGAUUGACAUCAGUGACAAUCAUCUGCAGGAUAUGCUGACAGGACUCCCAAUGGCCGUUGAGCGUGUCACGGUGCGCAAUAAUAAAAUAUCCUCCCUUGUGCAGGGACAGGCGACACUCCAUCUGCCCAAUGUGAGGAUGUUGGAUAUGAGUGGGAAUAUGCUACAGCGUGUCCCACGUGGAACAUUCCAGCAGAUGCCACAGCUGAGGUCACUGAAUCUCGCACAAAAUGGCAUUUUGGGCUUGGAUGAUGACAGCCUGGCGGGGUUGAUGCGCCUCGAGAGUCUCGAUCUCAAGGAUAACCGGAUUGUUCAUUUGCACGAACGAAGUCUCGCCACAGUUCCCACCCUCAUUGAUCUCAAUCUACAAAAUAAUCGCCUCGAGGAGAUCAGCAAUCAACUCCUGGUGAAUCUACCGCAGCUCAAACGAUUGGAUUUAUCACGAAACAGCAUCUCCCUCAUCCCGCCGGAAACAUUCCGGCAAACUCGUUCAAUUGAAGCACUCGAUCUCUCAAGUAAUAGCAUGCGGGAGCUUCCUGCAAGCUUAGCUGGACUCACGGAACUCCGUGAAAUUGAUUUGAGCUACAAUAAUCUCGUGGAUCUCCCACCGGACGUCAUUGCAUCCUGGCGUAGCUUAGAGGAACUCCGUGCGGCAAGCAAUAAAGUCACAGCCCUUCGAAGUGGCUCCUUCCGGAAUCUCCCAAUGCUGCAGUACCUCGAUGUUUCGAGCAAUGAAAUGCGCGCCAUGGAAAUGGGAGCUAUAAGAAAUCUCCCGGAGCUGCAGGAACUCGUCCUUGCGGACAAUCAUUUGCACAAUAUCCCUGACCGGGUAUUUGAGAAUCUUCCAAAUCUCCAAGCUGUUCAUCUGCAGCAAAACUUCCUAUCUUCCAUCGGGCCAAAUGCCUUCUAUCGCACCCCAUCAAUUGUCUACCUCAAUCUUUCGGCAAAUAACUUCCGGGACUUGGAACAGACGGCACUGCGAUCCGUACGCAGCCUGGAAGUGUUGGAUUUAUCCAAUAAUGGCCUCCGGAGGGUCACAUCAUCCCCCCUGCGUCAACUUGAUUGGCUUGUGGAGCUGAAUUUGGACAAUAAUCGCAUCUGUCGCGUUCAGGGAGAACCCUUUGCCACCAUGCCACGCCUUCGGGUGCUGAGCUUGCGGAAUAAUCGCAUGACAACCAUGUCUGAGGCUACCUUCCGCAAUCUCCGGACAAAUAUUGCCAUUUUGGAUCUCGAUGGGAAUCCCCUGGAUUGCUCAUGCAAUCUCAUGUGGUACCAUUCGUGGUUGAUGGAGAAUGAUUUUCAACUUCCAGGGCCCCGAUGUCGGGAUGGAACAAUGCUCCGGGAUAUCCGGUUAAGUCGAUCUGAUUGCCAGGAUGCGGAUUCACGCAAUAGCCAGCUGAAUCUUCCACUAACCAAUGAGCAUGGAGACAUUUUUGCACGACAAUUGGAUGAUGGUCCAUGCGAGGAUGUUCCCUAUGAGGAGUAUCAAGGGAAUCUACCACCAUCUCCGGAAGAGAGUGACUACUUUGAGAAGUAUGUGGAUUAUCCACUAAAUGACACCAAUUCCCUAGCCAAUGCAUCCCUGGGCAAUGCUGCAACACCUCUGAAUCUCACAAACACCAUCCUCCAUGCGAAUCCUGACAAUUUGCGACCCCCACCACCUCCACCACCUGGCCCAGGAGCAGCAUUCACCUUCUUUGGGCUUCCCCUGACAACUCUUGGCCUCGGGCGGCUCUGGGGUCAGGGACGUGGGAAUACCGAGAGAUCUGACACGGUGGGAUCCCGUGGACGUGGAAGGGUUCAGGUCUACCGUCCAGAUGACCCAGAAUUGCUGAAACUUCUCGGGAAGACGAAGAAACCCCAAUCGGGGAAUCCCAGUGGUGCAGGAAGUCCAAUGGCCAAGGAAAACCCACAAUACUACCGCCCAUACUUCCAGACACCCUUCCAGGAACCUGCCCAAGUGCAAAAAGGUGGCUUUGUACCCAUGCUUCCGGGUGUUGCUGGUGGUUUUAUGCCCAUCAAUGAUCCCUAUGGGAAUGCCACAAAUUCCACAGACGCUUUGGGGAAAAAUACAACAAAUGAUACGUGGCCACAGGAAUUCCAGGAAGAAGUCCCCUUAGUCACUGAAACACCCCGGAGGAUUGUUGUAAAGGGGCAACCUGUUAAACGGGGUCCAAUUGUUAUUGAAGCUGACUCCCAGGAUGCUCCCAAGAGGAAUGCCGAAUUGCAAAAUGAUGCAGACAGGAAGGAUGAAGAAUCCUUAGCAGAAGCCCCAACAACCGCAUCUCCUGUCCAGGAAGUAAUUUCCGAUCUCAAUGACAUUUCCCGGCAUGAGGAGGUUGACUUGGCAGCACCUGUGGAGGAUGCAGCUUCCUCCUAUCCUCGUCCUGACUUUACGAAGGAGCACAAAUUCUGGGAGAAUCCAACGGGUGAUACAUCCGGUUCCCUGUCUGCCCUUGUAGCUCCCGGAGCGCAACAGGGCAGCCUCAAAGGUCCCCCCGGCCGAUCAACAAUCACCAAAGUCUUCACCCCAGCACCGAUUGCAGUGCAAAAUAUCCCAGCCACAGAGGAAUACCUCCAUAGUCAGGGGCAGGACAAUGAAGUAGAUUCCAAUGAUUUCGUUACGAGCACAUCAGUGGUGGAAUCCCACAUGCAGGAGCCCAAGAGUCGUGCUGACAUGGAUUGGUACUACAGAAGCUACAAUCAAACACCAACAAGUAGGGAUUUUGACUACACCUUCGACAAAAUACGCAGAAAUUCCGCCUCAACCGCCCAUCCCUUCCCCCUGGGGCUUUUCCCCCUUCUCCUGGUUAACUUCCUCAUCCUGAGGCAUGUUUUGUAAAUAAAAAAAAAAUCAUAAAAAAGGAAAAAGUUUAGUGGAUUGAAAGUUGUGUAGAUUUUGUUUGAGAUUGUAAAUAUGUGGGGAAAAUAAAAAAAAUAGCGUCCUUGUGUCUAAGA